ACUCAAGGCAAAGAAGAAAUCUCAGAGCAGAGAUCAGCAGUGGCCUCUUGGGAUAUCUGUGACAGCAGAGACCCUCAGCAGAAAUGAACGCCAGCCCCCCUGCAGGAAGCGCCCUGGCCCCCGGCGGAGCAACCGGCCCCACCACACCCAAGAAGGGGCCACCCAAGUUCAAGCAGAGGCAGACUCGUACAUUCAAGAGCAAGGCCCCCAAACCAGGCCAGAAGGGCUUUGGUGACGACAUCCCCGGCAUGGAGGGUCUCGGCACAGACAUCACGGUGGUGUGCCCAUGGGAAGCCUUCGGCGACAUGGAGCUCAGCGACUUGGCCAAAUACGGCAUCAUCUAAACCUGCUGCCUCCUGCCUUCCCCACCUGCCUGCACCUCUCCUCUGCCUAAUCCUCUCCGCCCUGCCUUCUCUCCGUCCCGGCUCGGCACGCCGCGAUAAGGCUGCCGGCAAACCCCCUAACGCCCUCUCGUCUAUCUACCUCAUGCUUCUCUCCACUAAGUGGAUGUAAAGUAUAAUAAAGCUGCUUUUUAUAUUAUAUGAUACUGUUUAUAUAUUCUGAAUAUAUAUAUAUAUAUAUACUUGAAUGAGAAGACGAGAAAAAAACUCCACAUACCUUAUUCCCUUUCCCUUCAUCUAUUUAUCAUAGUCUUCUCCUCUCUUCUCCUCCCUCCUCUUUCAGACUCCCCCUCUCUCCUUCCCGCCACUCCUCACCCACGGCAACGGACGCAAGCAAAACACUAGUUAUUACUGGCUUGUAUUUGCUUAUAGCUGUCUAAAAAAUGUAAAUAUUUUGACAUUUUGACCUUGUCUCCCAUCCCACCUUUUGUACUUCCUCCCGCUGUUAUUUUGCGUUGGAUUUUUUACUUCACUGUAAACACCAAGGGGUGCAA